UGGAUAAUGUGAUCGAUCAUGCUAUAUAAAUUCAUUGUUCUCGAUCAUUUCGGUAGACAGACGUUGUCAUCGGUGCACGUAGUAAGAAAGAUCAAAUCAUGGCAAUCAGAGGUUUAUUAUUUCUUGGCCUAAUCGCCGUUUGUUAUGGAGCAACAGUGCCAUUUUUAAAUCCAAGAAUCGUAAACGGAGAGGACGCAAAACCAGGAGAAAUUCCAUACCAGGUCUCUCUUCAAAUCAAAUCAUCGGCCUUCCAUUUCUGUGGCGGUUCAAUUCUCAACGAGAAUUACGUCAUUACUGCUGCUCAUUGUGUCUCCAGCAAAUCAAAAAAUAACAUUCAAAUUGUCGCUGGUACGAACUAUUUGAACGAUGAGAACUCUUCUAUUCACAACGUUAAGAGAAUCAUCGUACACAAAUAUUACAGUCCAUCGGAUUCUUGGAAGAACGAUAUCGCGUUAUUGGAAGUAAUAGAACCUUUCUCCGAAACUAAAUUGAUAUCUUUUAUCAACCUUCCAACAUCUCACGAUGUUAUCAAUACCAACGAUGUCGCCGUUAUCUCUGGAUGGGGUAGACUUUGGCAAAACGGUGCCACGACCAAAAAAUUGCAACGUGCAAUGAUUUACAUUGCCGAUCAGGCUUAUUGCAGAAACAUGUACGCCUCGAUGGGUUAUAAUAUUCACGAUUCUCAUCUUUGUGCUUAUGAUCCGGAAUCUCCUAGAGGAUCUUGCCACGGUGACUCUGGUGGCCCCUUGACCGUUAAUGGGAAACUCGUUGGUCUGGUCUCUUGGGCCAAAGCUUGCGCCCUUACCGACUACCCUACGGUUUACACUCGUGUCUCCGAGUUCAUGGAUUGGAUCGACGCUAAUACAAAAGCUUAAAUCCAAUUUUUAUGGUAACAAUUGACACGUCAAUAAUCUUACGACAAAGUCACAUAUCAACGUGACGCAUAAUUAUAAUAAUAAUAAUAAUAAUAAUAAUAUUUAUUAACAUAUUGCUAACAUUAUUAUCCAAUAUAUUUCUAAUCGGACAAUACCGAUAAUUUUAACUCGGUGCUAAUUAUAAUAAAUAUAGAUCAAUAAACGAUCGAUUAAGUUGCAAUCUAA